CUUUCUGGUAAUCUGGUUGUCAGAAGUGUCAGACAGACAGUCAGACGAUGACGAAUCAAAAAUACAUGUUAUAGUGUAAUUCUUUUGCAAUAACGUGAUAUAAAAACUGUUAGCAAAUCAUUGUCGUCAUCACUGUUAUUUCUCCAGUUCCAAGUUCAACAUUAUUAAAUUAAACAAUGGAGUUUCCUCAUAUUGGAAAGAAUUGUUCAUACAAAUCAUGCAACAAAUUGGACUUUUUGCCAUACAAAUGUGGAGCUUGUAAAGACGUGUUCUGUUCUGACCACUUUGCAUAUGCAAAGCAUGAAUGUCCUGAGCCCAACACUCGCGACGUCCAAGUUCCUGACUGUCCCCUUUGUGGGAAACCAGUACCGGGCAGAAGAGGAGAACCCCCGGAUGUGGCUGUGGGGGCCCAUAUUGAUAACCAAUGUACCUCAGACCCAGCUAAGGAGAGGCGGAAAAAAGUAUUUACAAACCGGUGUGCAUUCAAGGGCUGUAACAAAGAGAUGGUGCCACUUGUGUGUAGCGAGUGUACAUUAAACUUUUGUUUGCGACAUCGACACAGUACGGACCACGCAUGUGAAGGCAGACUGGCUGCCAAGAGAAGACAAGCAGCUGAAGCGGCAAUGGCUCGUAUGAAAGCAGCGGAGAAUCGUGUAAAUGUGAACAGAACUCCAAUAGCUGCACCAGUUAGUUCAUUCUCAGAAGUACAAGGAAACAUGACUGAAGACGAGGCGUUAGCACAUGCUUUAGCGCUCUCCUUACAAGAAGAGAAUGGCAGCCUACAUUCCCGAGACAACGCCUUUGCUCGCGCCUUAACGCGGACGCGAGUAGGCGGCGAACAGAACUCCAGGUGUUCCGUAUCUUAGCAACGUACAAACAACACUUUAAAAAUAAACACGCACUAGACAAACUAGAGGCUUUAAAAUUAACGAUGACUUUUUUUCAUAAUUAUACUCUUCUGUCUUGCACCGCAAACGGGCGUUCCCAAUAUUCUAUGUAUCUGUUGAUUUGCUUGCUCAUCAUCAUCUAGACAUUCCUAGAGACAGAAUUUGGCAAUUUCCUAUCUCUAGUAAGCAAAACAGUAGAUAGAUAAAAUAUUAAAAACGGCCGUGAGUUGCCAACAACAGUUUGCAAGAAAAAGAAACUCGCAAGGCCCUCGUUAAUGGGUUUGUGUACCAACGUUUUGUCGUCACACUUCGUGUAUUUGCUUCAGGCGAGCCUAUUUGACACGUCGUGGUUCACAUAACACGCGUUAUGAAUAUUAUUUGCACCAUUUAACUAUAACGAUGACUGAGCCAUUUUCAGUUGACCGAUUUGAUCAAAUUUAAUGAAGCUGAUUAUAGCUAUAGUUACAUGAAAUGGGUGAGUUGCACCUCACCUUCAGUGUACGAGACUGAAGUAUGAAGGUUAGUUCCAUCGAAUUUAUUAUCUUACAUCAUUUUCCACGCCUCUUGUACCUAUAGUUUGUCGUUCUAAAAUAUAUAAACGUAAUUAAAAUGAAUAUUACAAUAUUAGACAAGUGUCCUUAUAAUUCGUUUAUAGCAUAAUUACUUCAAGACAUAGCCAGUAGACUUAGCGAAGUAACCUGUCAGCUAUAAGUAAAUAUUAUUGUUAUUAUCAUAACUCUCACUAAUCCUCAAUAUUAAACACUAAAAAAGACUAAUUAUUAAAUAAGAUUUGAAAAGUUGUUUUCUUAUCCCAUAUCUGUUGCGCUACGACGAAAUUAGUUAUACGCAAAAUCUAACGCACAUGAGGUUAAAAGGCGAAAACUAUUUGAAAGGAGUUAUACUUAUUAUAGAGAAUGAUGCUCGAUUUGAAAAGUUGUUUUCCAUUAGCUGCUGCUUUAGAGGAAAUAAUUAAAAUAAUGGUAUAUGUAUACCUACUUAUUCUACAUAUCUCUUCGGGAUUGACGGUAAAGAAUAGUAUUUAUUUAGACACCUAUUAUUCUUGUGAUUACAACGGUAAGUUAAAUCAAAAAAUUUGUAAAUAUGACCAGUCCUAAAGCAGUUGUAUAUUUUUUAUUAUUAUAUGUUUCACGUUUUGUUUACCAUGAAGUUUCUUUUAUUUGAGCUAUUAUAACUGGCUGAGACAAUUAUAUUAUUCGUGAUAAUGUAGGUAGGUGCAUGUGACAACGGUAAUACAUACUACCAUCAAAAAGUAAUUAGGACAAAACAACAGACUUACGCCAUUUUUAUUUAUGAAGAAUGUAGGUAUAUCAUGGGAUUUGGUGACACAAUAUAGUCGCUCAUACCUAAAAUUGAGUUCUGCGCAGGGACUCUUGCAAUAUUCACAACUACAAUCUACUUUGAGAUAGGUACAAUAACUAACUUUUAGUGUUACGUAUCAGCUUAAAGAAUAUGGUGUAUAGCAUUUAGUUAAUCACAUCAUAACUGCCAAUGUUCCGUCCAGGAUUUGGAGGAAAGUUGGUAAAGGUGCCUACACGGUGCAGGUAGAUUGGGCAUUUUGAGGCACAUGCGCAGGUUACAUGCAUUUUAAAAACUAGCGCAUGUGCCAAACCAAAAUACCCACUCGUGUGCUCUGUUGCGUGUGCGCGGAUCACUUGCUCCAGCUACAUGCACCGUGUAGACUUACCCUAAGGAGGUUUUUCAAUUGCAUGUCUGUAAUAUCACAAUGUAACGAAUUGAAUGGCUAUGGUUUGUUACUCAUACCAUCAUUGAAGACUAGUUAAGAAAUUGUAUUUGAAUUGACUGUAUAACACGAAGAAUAUAUUUUUGGGAUACAUAACUACUUGUUAUAAUAUCGGAGAGCACGUAAAUGUCGGUCCUGCGCCUUAUCUCUCUCCAGUCGUGUCGGAUUGCCGUCCCAUCGGGCUAUGAGAGUGAAGGAAUAGUGAGUGCACCUGUGUCUGCGCAAAUGCUUGUGCACUAUAAUAGCCGAUAAUCGGCUAGGAGGACAUCAUAAUAUAGGUGUCAUUGGUUUAUAUAAUUAAAUGUCUGUUUUGUGACUUUGUUGUUGAAUUAACCUUUUGAACGCCAAUGUCGGCUAUAGCCGACAUGAGCAAGCGUGCCCUGUGCGCCAACGACGGCUAUACUCGACAAAAAACAGGUCGCAGAAAAAUACAAAAUAAACCUAUUAAAUCAUUACUUUUAUGUUUUUAUUAAUUAAUUAUAUUAAUUAAGAUUUUCGGGCUUGGCGUACAGGGCAUAGGAAUACCGAUAUGGCGUGGCGGUGAAAAGGUUGUACUGUGUUUGUAAAACUGUUAUUUAGGUACCUAUCUACCAAGUAUGAAAUGUUUAAUUAUUGUAUUGAAAGACUAGGUACAUAUUAUAACUAAUGUCACUCAAUUUUGAGUAGUACUUGUUAUAAUUUGCAUGUUGAACUUAUUGAAUUUGUCGAACUUAAAAUUGAGUGACAUUUCAAUAUUGAUUUGUGAAAACUUGCUUAGCAAAAGACAUCAAAAUAAAUACUUGUUUACAAACUUA